GUGUUUCGACGUACUAGGUUUGCCCCGUCACCGUCAAUAUGUCAAGCCUGAAACAGACUCCUCUAACUUGCAGUGGUCAUACCAGGCCCGUUGUGUUUUUGAAUUAUAGUGAUAUCACUCCAUUUGGUUACUUUCUUAUUAGCGCAUCGAAAGAUGGGAAGCCAAUGCUGCGACAGGGAGACACAGGGGACUGGAUCGGAACCUUCGAAGGCCAUAAAGGGGCUGUCUGGGGGGCUGCUCUCACCAGAGAUGCCACGAAGGCAGCGACAGGGGCAGCUGACUUCACAGCGAAAGUAUGGGAUGCAGAAAGUGGGGAGGAAUUGAAGACUUUUCAACACAAGCACAUAGUCAAGUGUGUGGACUUCUCCAAUGAUGGGAACUACCUACUUACAGGCAGCCAGGAGAAAAUACUGCGGAUAUUUGACCUGGAAAAGCCAGAUGAAGAUCCACAGGCUUUUAGUGGACACACAGCCUUCAUCAAAAAUGCUUUGUUUAAAAAGAAUGGGAAGCAGAUUAUAAGUGCUGCAGAUGAUAAAACAGUCAGGGUAUGGGAUGUGAGCUCGGGGAAGGAAGUGCAGAAGUUGGAUUUCCCGGCCAUCCCAACUAGCCUUGAUCUCACCCAGGACGGCUCCAUCCUCAUUGUCACCCAUGGCAGCACCACAAGCUUCUGGAAUGCUGACACACUUGACAAGAUAAAGGAUUUUGAAUCUCCGACCCAGAUCACCACAGCGAGCCUCCACCCUGACAAGACCAUCUUCAUCUCUGGAGGCGAGAACUUCAUCAUGUACAAGUCAGACUUCAACACAGGAGAGGAACUUGAGGCAUUCAAGGGUCACUUCGGUUCUGUCCACUGUGUACGAUUCUCUCCCGAUGGCGAGGUGUAUGCCAGUGGUAGCGAGGAUGGAACACUACGACUCUGGCAGACAACAGUUGGCAAAACUUAUGGCCUCUGGAAAUGUGUCACCCCAGACGAGAUUGUGAACAAUACUGACUCAACUCCAACAAAGCCCGAAGCCUAGACGAUGUCGAAAUGAUCCAAAUUAGCACAAGCCCUUAAGCUAUUCACUGGUAAACAUGUCAGGCUUGCUAAAAACUUACAGAGCCAGACUUGUUACGAUUUACAUGUUAAGUACUACAUGUGUUGUGGUGUAAAAAUUCAGGCUAGCUUAUCUGAAAGUCUAAUUUAGAUGACUGCUAAACAUGUCUUGAAAACUGUGUUCUAUUUAUUGUUGACUGCCUCACCAGUUAUUGUUGACUGCCUCCCUAGUCGGGGCACUGGUGAAAUGGUGUGAUUCACGCACACAGCUGAUUUUGAGAUGUGUCAUUUUGCCUACAGUGAUGUAGAGAAUAUCUGAGAUUCACUAUACUGGAGUGCAUAAAUAAAUGUAUUAAAACUUACACAGGAUUUUUUUUAUUUUUUUUUAUAAUGAUUGAAGAAAUUGUAAUUCUUUGUGGGUGCUAUUGCUGUAACUGCUAUAUGAUUAGAUGGUCCGAUGUUAGUUACAUUGAUUUUAUGGUAUAUACAUGUUAUUACUAGGUUUAUUAUUCACGUCAACAUGUAUAUUCAAUUCUUAUUUUGUUUAAUUAUGUACAUGUAUGUGGUCAAAAUUCUUGUCAAAUUCUGGAUAGAAUAUACCUGGUACAUGUAAAUUGUGUAUUGGUGCAAUUUAUCAUGUGAAUUCUGUUUGAAUGUUGUUUGUAGAACUGUUUUGUAUUUUUCUCGAGUCUUGCCCCUGAGAUUAUACGCUUUGUCUGAUAGUUAAACCAAUUUCAUACAUGUACAUUGUACCUUAAUAUACAUGUUCAGCAUGUCCAAUUACUGAAAAAGUAAAAAUGAAUACAGUCGAAACCUGCUGGCUCUCAAAUUCGAAUUCCUUGCUGGCUUGAUCCUGAUGUCAAGGACCGACUUCUUUUUAUACUGAAGGUAAAUGCUUCCAAUUGGGUAAACUUUUUCGAGGCUCAAGGUAUUUUUGCCGGUCCCUGCGAGUUCGAGCAUAUGGGGUUUGACUGUAUAAGUAAAUUAAUGCAUAAAAAUAAUGCAUUUUGUAAAUUUUACAAUUGGACUUUUGUGUAAAAAUUGUUGCAUUAGUGCAUUUAGAAUACUGGAUAUAUGAUCAAGAAUGAAUUUCAUAUUUAAAAAAACAACAAAAAAACAUGUUCAACAGUUUAAGAAUUUUUUUUAAAUGUACGGACCAAGAAUAAAGACAUACACCAGCUUGAGUUGAAAUGGAAUAAUUUGAUUUCUCUGAAUUUUCCCAAUAAUAAAUCUUGAUGAUUUUAUUCUCAAGGAUCCCACAUAUCACAUUGCUUCAGAUUUUCUAUACGAUGGCUUGAUGACAGGAGCUCGUAAUAGUCAUAAUAAAUCAGUUGAACUAGCCAAAAUUAUAUUUUACAUAUACUUGAACAUGUCUUAAAUGUAAAAUGAGAUUUGAUAAAAUUCAAAUGUACCCAAUCGGUUCAUCGGUACUUAUGGCAUUGCAUUAUAUUUAUGAUAAACAUGUUCAAGUAUGUGUAAAAUAUCGGCCGUUGUCGUCAAGCCAUUGUGAUUUUCUACACUUGUAAUAUAAAUAAAUAACUCUGUGGCGGUGUUUUUUUCCUGCUUUUUAUGAAUACAGCCUGGCCCUUUGAAUUGAGAAAAUAGUGAUACUAAUUAAUGAAAAGUUCCAUUUAUGAACAAAUAAUUUUAAUGAUGAUUGCUUAAAAUGUGUGCUUUAAUUGCUUACUGAACUUCUAUCGUAAAAUAUAGCUGAAAGAAGAAAUUUACAGCAGACCAAGAGUGAAAUGAUUGAGUAAAUGGAUUGGUUUUGUGAAUUUUUCUACUACUUUCAUGAAAAAGUACUGGUAGACAUUUUGGGAUAAUGAAUGGGGCCUGAUUUCAGCCCCAUCAUCAGUAGAGAAAAAAACACUGUAUGUACAAGUUUUUGCUUAAGAAAAGGAAAGGAUAAUUUGUUUUGUGUUGUAUUCCAUCGAGUCAAUAUGUGAUAACAUGAAAUAAAGCUAACAAAAGUUA